GAGAAACAGAAGAAAUUCCGGAGAAAGAAGAAAUUGUUGGUAUCUUUCUUCAUCUUCAAUCUUCAUCUUCUUCCUUUUCUUACCUUUUUGAUGAUAAUGAUGCUGUUAAUUACAAAAUAAUUAUUUCAUCUUCCCUAAUUCAACCUUAAUUAUACAAUCACCCCUUUUCUAUAUAUUUUAUAUAUAUAUUCCCCCACCAAAACACACAAACAGACAGAAUCAGGACAAAACAAUUCUCCACAAACCCAUCUACAAUUCUGUCCUGUUUCACCGUUUUUGGAUAUUUCUUCUUUCUAGAAACCCUUUGUUUGAAAUUGGGACAUGGAAAUGGUGGUGGGUCGGUGGGGGACGUGGGAGGAGCUUGUUCUAGGCGGUGCCGUAGUCCGGUAUGGAACACAAGCUUGGGAUGUUGUUUCUUCUGAACUUCGUGCCCGAAUAAGAACCCCUAAUCAUCCCUACAUCUUCUUCACACCCCAGGUGUGCAAAGCCAAGUACGAGGAUUUGCAGCAACAAUAUUCAGGAUGCACAGCUUGGUUUGAAGAGUUGAGAAAGAAGAGAGUCGAUCAAUUGAAACUAGAAUUGGAGAAAUCCGAAGAGUCAAUUGGAUCUUUGGAGUCUAAACUUGAAGUUCUUAAAUCCCAGAGUAGAGAAACAUCAAAGGAUGGAUUAUCAGCUGGAAGUUUCACACAAGAAGUUAAGAAUAUUAAUUGGCAGCCUAUUAUACAACCAAAAAUAAAGCAACAAUUACAACAACAAAUCAUUCCUAAAGAAGUUAGAGGGACUCCAAUAAGGAGGAGAAGAGGGAAAAGAAAGAGGAAAGACGAGAAUAUUGAAUUUGGAGACGGUUUUACUUCUGAGAGUGCAAAUUUGGGCUCAUCGUGUAUCGUCGUCAUCUCUACCAAGUACGAUGAACAAGAACAACCAAAAAUUGAUUCAUCCGAAGCGAAAAACAUUGGUAUUGUUCAUAAAAAGAUAAGGAGAAGGAGAAAAGAUUCUACAAAGAAGCCGGUUGAAGUUGUUUGUGAAGGGCAUAGUGAGAAUUUGAGUUCAACACAUUAUAAGGAAAAGCCAACAAGUAAUCACAAUAGAGAAGGAGAUUCAAUUGGUAUUGUUGGGAAUACUCAAUUAUUGGCUAUUUUUAACAAUCUUGCGACGACUCCAAAUGCAUUAGUCUUUCGUCAUCGCCUUGAUAGCCAGAAAAGGGCGAGAUAUAGAAGAAUUGUGAGACAACAUGUCGAUUUCGACACGAUAAGGACGAGAAUUUCGAAUAGGUCAAUCACCUCGGUUAAAGAGCUCUUUCGCGACCUCCUUCUACUCGCUAACAAUGCUUUGGCCUUUUACUCGAGAAGGACUCGUGAAUACAAAUCCGCUUUAUUGCUUAGGGACACCGUCACAAAAGAGUACAAUAAGCAUAAUUGUAAUCAAGACGGUCCUAGCAAUAUUAAUAUAGUUACAUCCUCCAUCUUCCCAUUGUGUAACCGUCCCGUUAAACCACGUAGCUUACGUCCAUUUCAGCGAAAACCAACAACCAAGGUCCCCUGUUUUGGCGAUAAUGUUGGUUUAUCUACAAAAUUACGUGAAAAGAUUAAAAAUAAUGAAGAGGAAUUAGUUGUUUUUGGAAAUUCGGAAGAAUGUAGGAGGCCUUCGUCUAGUACAAGGGGUGGUAGGGCAGGACCAGCACCAUCGAAGAUCGAAAGAAAGUCUAGCAAUGCAGAGGAAGUGUUGGGUCCGGUUAUAAAGCUAAAACGUAAAACAUCUAGUAGUCAAUUGCCGAAAACUCCAACUAAGGGCGCGAGGAGGGGCAGGAGAAGGUGAAAAUGGGCAUUUGAUUAUUUUGUAAUGUAACAUGAGAUGUAGAUACUAUAUCAUAUGUAUAUAGUGUAGAGAUUCAUAAUUCAGUUAUAAAUCUCAAAAACUUAUUUA